GAAAAGCAUUACAUCCAAAGUCGCUUAUUGAACUUGUGUGCAUAAUUGGAAUAUCACAAUAAACAAAAUUGCACGAAAUUGAAAAUACGGCCAAUGGAAACGCAUCAAUUCCGCAAAAACUUCCAUAUAUGGCAGAAAAGUUUUUUCGCUUGUAUGAGGUGGUUUUCAGGCAAUUCGGAAAAGGUGCCUCGUGAGUUCAAACAGCGCGCAUUCUGGAUUUAAUUUAUGUUCUCCUCAGACGACAGUUUCCGUUUCUGUGGUAAAUUCUGAGAGAUUUGAUAUGGAGAUGUGUUUCAGAACAUCUCUGAUGUUUCUGCUCAUGACUGCUGAUGUUGAUGGUCAGCAGGAGGAUUGGGAAGUGAAUUACAGCCCUUCAUAUGUUUGUGCAUUGCGAGGCUCAACAGUGAGAAUAACCUGUACUUUAAAAUAUCCAUCUGACCAUGUGAUCGAUAAAACCUUCUGGACAAAAGUUGCAUAUGUACCUGAUGAAGAACCACCUGACCUGUGUUUGGACCCAGAAAACAGAAGAAGAGUUCAGUGUCGAAGAAAAAAUCAAGACACUCACAGCAUCGCUUUGACAGAUGUGACCGAAACUGAUAAACGCAUCUACUACUGCAGAUUUAUAACAGACAAAAUAGGUAGAAAAUGGUCAGGAGUUCCUGGAGUUCAGCUUGAUGUCACAGACCUGCAGGUGGAGACAAAUCAGAGAGUCAAAGUGGGAGAUUCGGUUACUCUUACAUGUAAAACCACCUGCAGUCUGCCUGAAGAAACAACAUUCAUCUGGUACAGAAACACACAGAGAUUCACUAAAGGAACAAAUACUUUUAAUCAACUUCACCUGCAGUCAGUCAGUCGUGAUGAUUCAGGAGAUUAUAGAUGUGCUGCUGCUGUAAGAGGAUAUUCACAUCUUCUGUACUCUCCUGAUGUUUUUCUUUGGGUUGAGUUGGUUAGUCAGCAGGAUUGGGAAGUGAAUUACAGCCCUUCAUAUGUUUGUGCAUUAAGAGGAUCAACAGUGAGAAUAACCUGUACUUUAAAAUAUCCAUCUGACCAUGUGGUGAAUAAAGCCUUCUGGACAAAAGUUGCAUUUGUACCUGGCGCAGAACCACCUGACCUGUGUUUGGACCCAGAAAACAGAAGAGGAGUUCAGUGUCAAAGUAAAGAUCAAGACACUCACAGCAUCACUUUGACAGAUGUGACAGAAGCUGAUAAACGCAUCUACUACUGCAGAUUUAUAACAGACAAAAUAGGUGGAAAAUGGUCAGGAGUUCCUGGAGUUCAGCUUGAUGUCACAGACCUGCAGGUGGAGACAAAGCAGAGAGUGAAAGAGGGAGAUACAGUGACUCUUACAUGUAAAACCACCUGCAGUCUGCCUGAAGAAACAACAUUCAUCUGGUACAGAAACACACAGAGAUUCACUAAAGGAAGAAUUACAUUGAAUCAACUUCACCUGCAGUCAGUCAGUCGUGAUGAUUCAGGAGUUUAUAGAUGUGAUGCUGUAAGAGGAUCUGAACGUCUUCUGUCCUCUCCCGAUGUUUAUCUUAAGGUUGAGUUGGUUAGUCAGCAGGAUAUGGAAGUGAAUUACAGCCCUUCAUAUGUUUGUGCAUUAAGAGGCUCAAAAGUGAGAAUAACCUGUACUUUAAAAUAUCCAUCUGACCAUGUGGUCAAUAAAACCUUCUGGACAAAAGUUGCAUAUGUACCUGAUGAAGAACCACCUGACCUGUGUUUGGACCCAGAAGACAGAAGUGGAGUUCAGUGUCACAGUGAAAAUAACGACACUCACAGCAUCACUUUGACAGAUGUGAAAGAAGUGGAUAAACGCAUCUACUACUGCAGAUUUAUAACAGACAGAGUAGGUGGAAAAUGGUCAGGAGUUCCUGGAGUUCAGCUUGAUGUCACGGACCUGCAGGUGGAGACAAAGCAGAGAGUGCAAGAGGGAGAUACAGUGACUCUCACAUGUAAAACCACCUGCAGUCUGCCUGAAGAAACAACAUUCAUCUGGUACAGAAACACACAGAGAUUCACUAAAGGAAGAAUUACAUUGAAUCAACUUCACGUGCAGUCAGUCAGUCGUGAUGAUUCAGGAGUUUAUAGAUGUGAUGCUGUAAGAGGAUCUGAACGUCUUCUGUCCUCUCCCGAUGUUUAUCUUAAGGUUGAGUUGAUGAGUCAGCAGGAUUGGGAAGUGAAUUACAGCCCUUCAUAUGUUUGUGCAUUAAGAGGAUCAACAGUGAGAAUAACCAGUACUUUAAAAUAUCCAUCUCACCAUGUGGUCAAUAAAGCCUUCUGGACAAAAGUUGCAUUUGUACCUGGUGGAGAACCACCUGACCUGUGUUUGGACCCAGAAAACAGAAGAGGAGUUCAGUGUCAAAGUAAAGAUCAAGACACUCACAGCAUCACUUUGACAGAUGUGACAGAAGCUGAUAAACGCAUCUACUACUGCAGAUUUAUAACAGACAGAGUAGGUGGGAAAUGGUCAGGAAUUCCUGGAGUUCGGCUUGAUGUCACAGACCUGCAGGUGGAGACAAAGCAGAUAGUGAAAGAGGGAGAUUCAUUGACUCUUACAUGUAAAACCACCUGCAGUCUGCCUGAAGAAACAACAUUCAUCUGGUACAGAAACACACAGAGAUUCACUAAAGGAAGAAUUACAUUGAAUCAACUUCACCUGCAGUCAGUCAGCCGUGAUGAUUCAGGAGUUUAUAGAUGUGAUGCUGUAAGAGGAUUGGAACAACUUCUGUCCUCUCCUGAUGUUUAUCUUAAGGUUGAGUGGGUUCAGGGUUCUGCUCUGUAUUAUGGGAUUGUGGCAGGAUGUGUUGGUUUGUUCUUCAUCAUUGUCAUCUUCAUAAUUUUGUUUAUAUGGAAGAAAAGACGAGACAGGCAAAAUCAGGCCAAUGGCUCCAGUUAUGUUCCACUUUUCACACUAGCAUCAACCAAUCAGAGUGAAGCCUCAAAAUCUGCAGAUGUUGAUGUUCAAUAAUCCAGUGUCAUGGCUCAACAUAAAGAACUGCCCGAUGGCCCGGGGCCAGAGUGAGAGACGCUUGGGCCAGUAAACAGUAUUGUCGCUUGCCCUCAGUUACUAAUAUAUAUAACUGAUAUAUAUAUAUAACUAUAUAUAUAUAUAUUAGGGGUGGAACGGUACACAGAAGUCCCGGUUCGGUUCGUACCUCGGUUCAGGCGCCACGGUUCGAUUCACUUUCGGUACAAUGGAGGGAAAAGCAAAACAAAAAUGAAGAAGGCAUUUUUUUUUAGUACUUAAGCUAAUCUUAAAAACAUAGGUGUCCUUAUCAGUG